AUGAAUAAAAUUUUAUCAAAAUCAUUAAACCAAUUGCGUGGUUAUUGGAUAUCUAAGUCUUAUAAUACAUCUUAAGAAAUCUAAAUUUGUAGUUCAAGAUUAGAUUUAACACGUGAUGAUUUAUAAUCAGAAGAGUUGACAACAUUGAUUUGCACAUAAUUAGAUCCAACUAAAUUGAUUGAUAUUUACAAUAGAUACAAACAUUAAUUUACUGAUCGUCAUUUAUUAUAGAGUUUAAAAAUUACAGCAAAAAUGUAAGGAAUGUAUAAUUUACCUGUUCAUAAUCAUUAUUUUAAUGAAUCCUAUUCAAAUUUAAUAAGAUAAUUCAAUCAAUAUAUAUCAACAUUAAAUAAUUUAGAUCUUGGUGAUUUUAUAUAUUGGUAUAAGAAACUAUUUUAUGACAAUCUUAGUGUAGGAUAUCUAAAUUCAGUGGAUCGUAAAUAAUUGUAAUAAAUUAUUAAAAAGUACAUUGAAGAAAAUUAGUUUCUACCAAGGUAAUUAAACAUGAUAUAUGAAUGUGUAGAAAUGAUAUUUCCAAAUGAUGAAUUUCUAAGCAAAUUUUAUAUUGAUUAUGUCUUUUCUACUAAUGAUAUCACUGUUGUUUAACUUAUGUAAUUUCUUACUUCUAUAAAUAAGAAAUUUAUAUUAAAGAAGAGAAUUGAUCUCUAUUGUAUAUUACAAUUUUUAAAUUACUCAAAAAAUGUAUGUAAAAGUUUCGAUGUUGAUUAAUAUGCAUUUAUGACUAAAACAUUUAUAAAUAUGAGAUUAAAAUAUCAUAUAACAGAAAAAUAGUAUCUGGAAUAAUUAGAUGAUAAAUUUGAAUCUACUAAACAAAAUGUUAAAUAUUUAGAAUCAGUAUCUAUUAUUUCCAUUUUAUAGAAUUGUAAAUAUUAAAAUGAUGAUGAAUCAAGAUCAUUAUUAAUUCUCAUUCAUGAAUAAGUUUAACAAAUGAUACAAAAACAUUAAAAUUAAUAAAGUAAUCUUAAUUUUGAUUUCUUAAUUUAAUAUUUAUAAAAUGUGAUAUUUGCUGAUUACAUAGAUAAUCAAGAUAUUCUUAAACUUGAAUCAGUUUGUUUAAAUUUACUUAAAGAAAAUUACAAUUUAAAUAAUAUCUACUAAAUGUCAUUAUACUAUUUAGAAAAAAAGACUAAAUCUGAACCUUUUGCAGAAUAUUUAAAAAUUAUUCUCAAAAAUCUUACAUUUUAGAAUAUUAACUUUAAUAUAAAAAAUCUUGUAUAUCUACAUUUUAUAUGUGAAAUUGAUAUCUCUCAUUUUUUAGCAAACCUAAAUUAUUAAAAUUUCUCUACUGUUGAAGAAAUAUCAGAUGAUAUUUAAAUAUCUAAAACAUCUAUCCUUAAUAUUGUUAUUUUAUUUGAAGAAUAUCCAUAAUUACCACUUCCUCAAUAUAUUAGUAAUUAAUUUUAUAAAAUGUCCUCUAUGCCAUUAUUACUAUCAUUAUGUAAUUGUCAAUAUUUUAGUCCAAAAAUUAGAUCACUUUACACUUAAAAAUUAAGAAAUCUAAGAAGUGAGGGAAGACUUGAUAAGCGUUUUAGAUAAAAUGUGUUAGAAGCUAUUAAAACUGAUGAAGAUGCCUUUCAUUUAUUUAAAUGGUUUUUUUAAAGCAAUAAAUUUUAAUUGAAUAUAGCUUUACUUUAAGUUCUUAUUUCAAAUGAUAGCUAUAAUGUAAAUUAUUUAAUUUAAUUAAAGUAUAGAUCACUAAGUCUUAAGCUUACUUUAUAUAUUUAGUAAUUUAAAGUUCUAUUGAUGUUUUGAAUAUAGAGAUAAUAAUAAAUUAAUUAAUUUACUAAAACAAAUUGUUUGAUCAUCUAUUACAAAUAGACUCUGAAAUAAUUAAUUAAAUAUUUGAAUAGUCAUAUAAAUUUAAUGAUGGACAAGGAACAGCAAUAAUAAUUUAAUUAUUAGAAUAAAGGUGUCCAGAUAAUUUAAAAUAAUUCAAUAUUCCUUAAAACUUAAUGUUAAACUAUUAAUAACUUGAAUUAUAUGACACAAAUUUCAUUUUAAUGAUGAUUAAAUAUAAUUGUUAUCCUCUAAAAGAUAGUUUAAAGAUUUUCAAUAAUUUAAUUAAUUUUUCAUAAAAUGAAUUAAGAUUGUUUGUACUCUAUUUAGAGAUGAGUUAAACAAUAGGAUUAGAGAAAAUGCAUUCUUAUAUUUUAAAAUAAAUAAAAAAACUAAAUGAAACCUAUAUUAUAUAAAUAUAAUGA